AUGUCUCUGAAGGAUUCCUUCGUUAUCACAGGGGAAAGCAGGGGGUCGGUUCUGAAUGUUUCCAGAGUAUUUUUAGACUCCAUCGGAGAGCAACAUGAAUACAACAUCUGGUUCCCCGGGAUCGGGAUCGCGGCAGUCUACGGGACCAUCAUCAUCGUGGGUCUGGUGGGAAAUGUCACUCUGAUGAAGACGUGUCUGCUGGUGAAGUCCAUGCGGACGGUGCCGAACUUGUUCCUGUCCAGUCUGGCUCUGGGGGACCUGCUCCUGCUCGUCACCUGCGCCCCCGUGGACGCCAGCCGGUACCUGGUGGACGAGUGGCUGUUCGGCCGGGUGGGCUGCAAACUGAUCCCGUUCAUCCAGCUCACCUCGGUGGGAGUGUCUGUGUUCACUCUCACCGCUCUCUCAGCUGACAGGUACAAAGCCAUAGUCAAACCACUGGACAACCACAAGUCCAACGCUAAGCUCGGCGUCUGUUUCCGAGCUGGAACCAUCUGGCUGCUGUCUGUGACUCUGGCUGUCCCUGAGGCUGUUUUCUCCGACCUGCACGCCUUCACCACGAGCCACACCAACGAGACGUUUGUGACCUGCGCGCCCUACCCACACGCUGGGGAGCUGCAUCCCAAAAUCCACUCCACCGCCUCCUUCCUUAUCUUCUACAUCAUCCCACUGUUCAUCAUAUCUGUGUACUACUGCUGCAUGGCUCUCAGCCUGGUCAGGAGCUCUGCAGAAAUACCUGCUGAAGGUCAGGUGUACUUCCAGAGACAGAUCAAGUCCAGACAGCGAGUGGCCAAAACUGUGCUGGUGUUUGUCGGCCUGUUUGCCGUCUGCUGGCUGCCCAGUCAUGUGAUCUACCUGUACCGCUCCUACCACUACGACCAGGUGGACACCUCCCUAGGCCACUUCAUUGCCAGCGUGUUCGCUCGCAUCCUGGCUUUUACCAACUCUUGUGUGAACCCGUUCGCCCUCUACCUGAUGAGCAAAAGCUUCAGGAAGCACUUCAACCGGCAGUUUCUGUGCUGCACAUCCCGCAGACUUCUGUACAGUCACAGCAGCAGAAGAACAAAUACAACCAGCGUCUGAACGCUUGUGUGUUUUCUUACAUUGCAUGCUGUCCUGUCCUCUAGCAGGACUCCUGUAAUGUGGACCAUUUUUGCAGUUUCUAAGCUUUCAUCAGUUCAGUGGAAGUCAUGGUGUAUUUACUGUAGGUCAUGCAUGGCCUCUUAAAAAGUCUGGCACGAACUUUUCACCAUCAAUUUUUCAAUGUAUCAUACGUUUGCUUUGUGAUAAACCUUGAGGCAAAACAUUUAUUUCAUUUACGUAUAUGGUGGUAAAUUUGAUGUGCGUUUUUUAAAAUACUUCGCCAUUAUUAAAAAAAAAAAAUUCCAGAUGAAUUUAGCAUUAUAGCAAAACCUUCACAAAACUUCUGCUUUUUGUACCACUUUACAUUUUACUGCAACAUGUAAAGUAACAUUCAGUGCAUAAAGGUGUUUCAGUUAGAUGUUAUGAGAUUGUUAUUUAUUUAUUUGUUUGUUGCCUCUACUUCUGUAUUCUGGAUGUAAAACAAUAAGCAGUCAAUGUUUAGUCAAUAUUUGUUAUUUAUUCAGUGCUCAUCCUGUGACAUACAAAGGCAAUUCUUCAGGUAACUUGUUUUGGCCGCAGAAGAGGAUUUUCUUUUUUUAAUUUUUGAGUAGAAAACUGUUUUUAGUUCACAUAAACUGCCAUGGUAGUUUUGGACCCCUUUAAUAUGAAUA